AUGUUAGCCAUUUUCCAGCAGGCAGGCACUCGAUUUUCCUUAAAUGAUGUGUUUAUAAUUAUUGAGAUUGGCAUUGCUAGAAUAACUGCAAACUUCUUUAAGACAGGCAAUCUGGGCCACUGGAUUUUCCCAGCUUAACACCAUUUAACGAUUUAAAAACUUCUUCAGUCAAACAAAUUAUACUAUUAUUAUCGGUCAUGGUAAUGGUACUAUCAGAUAGUGGCUGGUAGUCGCACAUAGGUUCCAAGAAACAGUCAUUUAUCAAGUUACUAAGUGAAUCGAGGUCUUGUGUGUCUUGUUGCACGUUUGCAAAGAUAUUACUCGUCGACUUUUGUUGAUGACCACAGAGACGUUUCACCUCCUUCCACCAAUCUUUAGGUUUAGUGUGUUUGAGUUCUUUCACCUUAGCUUCAUAAUAUAAUUUGCGGCAGUUUUUCCUAGAUCGAUUUACUUUAUUCCUUAACUGUUUAUAUAAAGCAUGUUUGUUCUGCGCAAGAGCCUUUUGUCUUUUUUUAAUCAAACGUUUCAGGUUGCUGUUCAUCCAAGGUUGAUCAUUUUGACGAACCUUCACAGUCUUCAGUGGCAUUAGGGUAUUAAGUCCAUACUUUAUGACGUCAGUAAAGUUAUUCAGGUUUUGAUCACAAGACUGGUUUGGAUUAACCACUAUGUCCCAUGGCACUUCGCAUAAAAAUCUUCCUAGGCGACGGAUGCUGCUAGGCCUCUUGUCCCGCACGUUAAUAAUAGUUUCUUUAGACUGGUUACCACGAAUUUUUUCUUUAGAAAAGGCAACAACAGUAAGGUGGUCCGAUAAACCAAGUGGAGGAGUACUUAAAGGCUCUUCGUAGAAGUUGGCCAAAUUUGUCAAAAUUAAGUCUAAUUUACUUGUUCCUCUAGUAUUAAAAUUUACAAUCUGCAUGAGUUGAAAUUGAUGGCUGAUAUGUCUUAUAGGUAGUUUAUUAAAAUCUCCUGCCAAGAUUAAGCCGCAGUUAGGAUAUCUGGUUUCCAAUAACUCUAAUGAUGACUGUAAGUAUUCUAGCAUAUCUGACUUAUUUGCAGUGGGUGGGUGGUAUAAAACUGCUGCGACGAGUGUUGAAAAGCCUCUUGGUAACCUACAUGGGUUGAUUUUGACCCACAGCACUUCACAUUCAUUUUCAUUUGGUAUAUCGGGGAUAACAUUCGCUACAUAAGAAGCUUUUAUAUAUAUACAUACCCCGCCAUGUUCCUUUCCUAUUCUGUCUCGUCGGAAGACUCUAUAGCCAUUGAUUUCAAUUACUUCAUCGGGUACGGAACUUUUCAGCCACGUUUCACUAAUAAAAAUUAGAUCUGCAUUGUUUCGCUUUGUAACAUGUUCUAAUUCGUCCAUUUUGGGGACCAGUGACAUCACAUUAGUUAGUAAAAGAUUAGGAACAAAUUCCCGACUACAACCAACUUGAAGGAAUUUUGAGGAGUUUUUUUGAACACUAUCAGGUUUAAUUUUAAUGCAAUUUGCUAAAUUUGCCCCUUUGUAAAACGUUUUAUGUUUACGAUAUUGUGAAGCAAUCACGGGGAUUGGUUUUUGCAGCAUUUGGGUUGAUGUCGUAGUUGGAUCUGGAAUAGAACUGAUUUUGGACGUAGUUGUAUGCUUAUUUUGACCAGAUGCAUUCAUUUCAGGUUUUAUUUAAAUUAGAUUAGAGUUAUUUGUGAGUGAAUUAGGGACAUUGUGCCUUGAUAUACAAUUACGUGUUCGAUUAGAUGUAAUUCUCACAGGGAUCUUAUUCACCUUCAUUAUUGCGUACUGGUUAUUUGGCUGACUAAGACAAGAAAUUCCUUCCAGCCAGGGGGUCUGUGCUUUAAGCGGCUCUUCCGAAAAUUUGCCUGUCUGAGGUGCCAUUGUGGGGUAGUAACCCGGGAAUUAUGCCGGUCUCGUGUUUGAGCUGGUCUAGUACGAGGGCGAGUUCGAGAAUAAUCUAUAUGCGGGUGUGGACGUCGUGGUUGCGGUUGGUGUGAGCUGAGUUUGAAAGGUGGAAAUAACAUUCGAUCGUCCUUAGUAGCUUUAGAUUGCAUUUUCCCUUCACCAGUAUCUUCAGGUGCGCUGUUAGCUAUGUCCUUAUAGGAACUUUGCGGCUGUUGUUUACUCAACUGUAGCAGACCUGUAGGUAUGCUACUCAUUAAGGGCAGAAAAACCUGUUGAGAGCAUUCAUUAGAUCUAGAGGUAGGUGGUUCGUGUGGCACAGGUUGUAGUUUCAGCUCGACCGAAUCUUUAAGUCCGGAUUUAACCUUUCGUGUAGGGGGCGAUUGAUCCUUAUCAGAAAAAGUUUUAAUUUGGACAAUUUCUUUGUUAUUGACCAGAUGUAAAUUUUCACUAUUUUCUUGAUUUUGCAUAUUUAUAGUGGAAUCAUCCGCCUGAGUAUUAGUUCUGCUCUCAUUAUGAAUAAGCCAAUUAUGAUUUCUAUUGUGUUGGCAUUGUUCUUGUUCAUGGCGUUCUGCAACUAGGGAUUCAACAUUUUGAUAUUCGCUUUCAACCUUGAUUAAUUUUUCUUGAAGACUAUUAAUAAUAAUAUCUCGUUUCUCCAAUUCUCUGUUUUUUUCGUUUAAAAUUGACGAAAACUCUCUGAGCAAUGUUUCAACUCUAAGGUCAUAGGAUAUUUGAUGGCUUUCCGUGCCUGAGGGGCUCAAGAUAACACUCAUAGAUUCUAUAAUAUUGUUUGUGGAAUCUAUGACCCGAUUAAUAGAUUCUAUUUGUUUUUGUAUAACUGCAAUGUCUAAUUUGACAUCUUUUAGAUUUGCAGUAUAAGAUCUACAGGCGCAAGUAUGAUUCUCUGGGGGAGAUUGGUUAGGAUCAACGUUAUUUUCACUAACAGUUUUGAUUGAUUCGACUAGGGGAGGCUCGGUUUCUAGCAACGCAUCCGCAACUGUAGGGGAUAAACAGUCUGUAUACGAUAGCAUUGAGUUUAGCCGAAAUCUAGCUUAUAUACGGCGUUCUAGCGGCUAGCACGAGACGGACUUGACCGAUACGGGCUAGCAGAGUCGGGAAGUAUGGACUGAUGAGGCACUUUUCUUUUUAAAAAUUUUAUUUCUAAUAUAUCAUUCGAUAUAAAUUAAAACAGAUCUUCUAUAAAUUUACCGAUCAAUUGAAUUCGACUAAAAGAGUUAAGAGAUAGCAGGACACCAGCUAUUUCGCCAUUUUGUAGGUACCCGUCUAGUUUCUGGUCCGCCUUCAUUUUAACCAAUCAGAUCACGAUCCAAAAAAGCUCGUAAUCUGAUUGGCUAAAUGAAGUGAUCGGUUAAUCCCACCCCACCAAGCUUGGAAGAGUUUGGGUAAUUGUCGAGCUGCCUCGUCCCCAGGCGCUAUAAAAUAAUGUGGCCCAUAAGUAAAUAAAAUUAACUGCAACGGCAAAACAAAAUAAACUCACGGGAAAAUAAAGUUAACUCACGCCAAAACGAAAUUAACUGAGGGCAAAACAAAAAGUCACGGAAAAAUAAUUUAUUAUUAAUAACUCGUAGUUGGAGAUCCCGCGACUGACAGCACUUUCUAGUUCAGUCUUUAAUAUGCAUCAGUCAAUUCUAGCAUUGCCAAUCCCCCCGGGCAACCCCGGGCAUUUGUACUCUUUUUUUGCCCGGGGGCCGGGCAUUGGUACUUGCAAAGUUGUCCCGGGGGCGGGGAAUUGUUUACCGGCCGGGCAUUUGACUCGACCGGACGUUUCUGCGACGAACACGUGCUAUUAUAUUAAAAUGGCGUCGAAGAAUCCGGGGGUAAAAACGAGGAUUUUGUCGAUAUUUUCAUUCACAAAACGUCACACAAUCGCACAUGAGAAACUAAUUAAAGUUGUGUUUAAUUAAAGAUGCUCUACAGUCCAUAUGUAAACAAAGCCUUUGUUUACAUUUUUGUGUCCAAAAUAUUGAGCUUUAUUCGACAACUAUUUAUAUUUUCAAGCUUCUAGAGUAUAAUAAAUGAUCAAGAAACAAUAAUCAGGUUUUUCAAGAACCCAAAACAUAGUUAAACUGUUUGUAUCAUAAAAAGUGGGCUCCUUUGUGCACAUGCGCAGAUCGGACUGUAGAUCACCUUUAUCUAGCAUAAAAACACUAGAAUUCAUAGUACAAUCCUUGUUUAUCUUGCUACGUGAUUGUAUAUUAACCACUGAACCGACGAGCACGUUUUUCAUGUUCAAAAGUUGGGAUGACUGCUGUAACUCUUAUACAAGGAAGCUAAUAAUGUUAUGGAAGUUUUGAGGUCUACAAAUGAGUCGGUGUGCCCUGGGGCCGGGCAUUUGUCAUCUUUUUUUUCCCGGGGGCGGGGCAUUGCCACGCUUUUUCUGCCCGACCGCCGGGAAUUGUCAACUUAAAGAAAAGAAAAGUGCAAAUGCCCGGGGGUUGCCCGGGGGGGGAUGGGCAAUGCUAGAAUUGACUGAUACAUUAAUACAUUAGCAUUUAUAAGCCGCCGUUUUGUUUUCGGGAGAAUACAGAUAUUAACCCUAGCAAGUGAAUAUCAAGGCAAAUAAGCAGCGUUACAGCAUAUUGCCAUACUUAAUUGAUUUUCCAAAUUAUUUUAUCAGAAAAAUAUCACAGAAAAUGAAGCAAUCUCGUGCCCAGGGUUUUCGCUCGUGGGAAGCAAGAAAAUGAAGUUUAUAACGUUGUCUAUCACAUGUAAACAUUUCAUACUGUAAAGUUUGAACUCUAGUAAAAGUUGCUCAAAAGUUGCUCAAAAAGGAAAAAGUUGCUUGAAGUUGCUCGAACCGAAAAAAGUUGCCCCAAACGCAAAAAGUCGCUCAAAAGUGGGACUGAUCGAGUCACCCAGCUAUAACAUAUGAGACAUAUGAGCUAUAUAAAGUAUUGUAUUUAAAAUUUCUAUUUGCUGACCAUGUAAAUUGCGGGCUUGAAAGUUCGGGCCAUUCUUCCUGUACUUCCAGCUCGGCUCGUAUUAAAUUUGUGGGUAGAAAUUAGAAAAGAAGUCAAUCUCAAGGUAAAUACGCUUUUGGCGCAUUUUCUUCUGUUUCGUUCAUCCAUGAUAGAUAGUUAGAAGCCAAGGAGAGACCCGGUAGAAUGAAUGCUGUCCCCUGGAGAUACUGACCAGUUCAAACAAGCCAAGAGUGAGGAGGUGGACGAAUAUGAAACUGGCAAAGAGAAUAUCAACAAAAAACGCAAGCGACCAAAUAAUGUGAAGAACGGCAGUCGUGUGUCAAGUGAACACGAUUUGUGUGAGCUACUGCCAAGCAAGAGACUUAAUAUGGAAGUUGAUGAGGAAACUAUCGAGGAGGAGAAUAAUAAAAUGGCGGUGUCGCCAGGCAAGACGAACUUUUCUGCGUUCACAAAUAACCAUUUGAAUGACCGUUCACCUCUAGCAAACUCCAAAACAAGCGGAGCGAAGAAACUUGUCAUAAAAAACUUCAAAGGUUUGUACAUUAGCCAUUUAUAGUGAGGAUGCUUAAUUACAUACAUUGUUUACUUCGGCUAUUAAUCCGUUUUAUAUAAGAACUAUAGUAAAUAAUGUUUCCAUUAACAGUAUUGUCAAUAGUCUUCACUAUGGCUAUAGAGCCUCGUUUUCAUGAUUGAGAUAUUGUGUUUAUUCGGAGCCCGUUUUAUUGUUACAGGUUGAAUACACGAAAUGUGAGUUUUGACUGCGCAUCCAAAUUAUGUGUUCUGCUUUGGGAACAAAUUGCAGUUGAAUCCCGUUUACAUGAGACUGGGACAAAGUCAAACCAUUAUUUUGGUCAAGGGAGCACGCCAGAACUAUUUGUGUAAAUUUAUACUAACUUUUAAUAUUAAUUAUGUGUAAAUGUUUUCAUCGGGCGCCAUUUUGAAUGUUGAAAGUGGUAUAUAUUAUCUAUCGCACACGCGAUAAUUUAUGUUCAUCUUUGACAUUAAUUUAUGUUACACAAUGAUACUCUGAAGGGCGACCGAGAAAGAUCCGAAAUUUAAAAUACGGCGGGGAAAAAUUAAAGAGGGGAGUGAAACGGCCGAACUAUUAUCCACUGAUGCUGGUUGAUUGUUGCUAGGAACAUUUGAUGUUGCUAGGAACAAACUGGAAACAAAAUGAGACCUACUAUUAUUACGGGAACCACUGAGUAUUUUGAUAUAAUAUAAAACAACGGUAACUCCGAAAAUAAUUUUUUUUUUAUUAUUUUCGGAUUUACUGUUGUUUUAUAUUUGACCUACUAUAAUUAGUUCAAGCGAGUCACAAUAGAAUAUAUUAUUAAAAUUGGGGACAAUGUUGAGAGUUUGUAUAUCAGAUAAACAUCGGCUGCUCAUGUUUUAACAUGCUUACUGUCGUUCCAAUUGAAGUGUUCCUCAAAUAUUGAUUCAAUACAUUACCUCGGGCUGACCAAUUCAUUUGAUCAAGUUCCUCAAAAUAUUCAUACACUUCCUAGUAUAAUUGUAAACUUCCUGUUGAAUAGUUUAAAUGCACCAAUCACCUUUGUUGUUUGUGCAACUAACCAAUCAUAAAUAGAAAGGAAGUGACCAGAAAUGAUCAAAUACUUGGAAUUGGCUCUUUCACAGGAAGUGUAUGAAUAUCUCGAGGAACUUGAUGAAAUGAAUUGGUCAGCCUGAGGUAAUGUAUUGAAUCAAUAUUUGAGGAACACUUCAAUUGGAACGACAGUAAAAGACUACCCAUCAUAUGAGUUCAUUGGUGAAGUAAUUUUAAAAAUAAACAUUGUCUAAGCCGAGAAAAUCUAAGCUGAAGUUUAUGUAAAUGAGGACGAUUUACAAACACUGAUUAUACAUUCAUUUCUUUUGAAUUUUCUUCAUGAAUUAUUAAUAUUGUAAUAUUGAUGCAAAUCAAUUCAAGUUUUGAUAGAUUUGACAAUUCUUGUCUUAAUCAACGAGCAUGGCCAGAUAAUGAAAUUGGAUAUACGCAUUGUCAUUGGCGAAUACCACAUCACAUGUUUGGCCGUUUCACUCCCUCUUUAUUUUUUAUUUUUUCUCCGCCGUAUUUCAAAUUUCGGAUCUUUCUCGGUUGCCCUUCGGAUUAUCAUCGUGUAACAUAAAUUAAUGUCAUAGAUGAACAUAAAUUAUUGUGCCUGCGAUAAGCUAAUAAUAUAAACUGCUUUCAACAUUCAAAAUGGUGCCCAAUGAAAACAUUUACAUGUAAUUAAAAGGUUAGUAUGAAUUUACACAAAUAGUUCUGGCGUGCUCCCUUGUUUUGGUCAGAUUAUUAUUUAUACUAGAAGUUGCUAUCACAAGGAAAGUGCUGCCUCACCCCCAAGGGAUCAAAGGCAACAUGCACAAUUUGCUGAAUAAGGGGCUGUUUAUAUAUGAUUGAUCCCGCUUUGCCAGGAUGAGAUGUGAGGCGGGAUUAUUUAGAUGUAUUGAAAUAAGUCACCAUGCACGAUUCAACUAAAAUCUACAUUAUUUUCUAGAUUAUACAGUACUGCUCAGAAAUAACCAAACAGAAAACGCAUUCCAUUUGUGUUCCAUUUGCAUUUCACUUUUACCCGAAUGCAUUCCAGAACCCCUUGAAUGCAUUACGGGUACACUCGGAAUUUGUUGGAAAUCAUACCGAUUAAUUAGCAUCCCUUUCACAUUUUGUGUUUACACUGAGAGCUAUGGAGCAAAUCACUUGAUCAAGAGGGGAUUAAAACCUCAAGAAAUAUUUUCCUGUCAUGUUAUUCGAGGACAGGUGACUUAAUUUAGCGACACUCCAAACUAGUUGAACAGCCGCCGAAGAGUGUAGAUUGUAGAAUGACAAAGUGAACAUCAAUUAAAAUAACCUGAAUCACAAAUCAUGAAUCUUGUAUCAAAAUAACCUACAUAUCACAUACAUGUAUGUGACCAUUGAUACUCCGAGACAAAACUAAUUCCGUCAGGCGAAGUACAUUUCGCUAAUGGGUCGCAAUGAUAUCACUGAUCAUGUGUUGAAUAGGCUAUUGAAUAGGCUAUUACCUAUCUUUAAGGAAAAAGGUAUACUGUAUGUAGCGUGCGGGUUCCACUUUCUUUACAAGUAUAAUAUUACAUGUACACAGAGACGAAGAUGUUUCAAAACCAAAAACCAUGCAAAUUAUUGCUUGGUAUUAAAUAUAGUUUAUAGGCUUUUAAAUUUCUUUCUGAUAAGGAUUAAGGGUGAGGGUAAAAAUAUCACACUUCCAUAAUUUUAGACAAUUAAAGUCAUUAAAAUUCAUUUAAGACUGUUUGUGAAAAGCAUGAGUCCAAUUUUCUAGUGGAAAAAAAUGUGAAAAACAUUCUAUAAUUUUCACGUUUUGCAGAGCAUUUUCUAUCUUAACUCGACAAUCGUAUGCGAGCGACUGUUUAAUAUUACCUAUGUCGGUGAUAUGCGUGUUUAGUUUGUAGUAUCGUUUUUAUAUGGUUCGGUCACUAGUAUUUGGACUAAUUGUAAAUGCUUAUAAUCAUGCAUAAAAAAACAAUACCAGCCAACAAUGGAAAACUGUAGCGAGUGUGCUACAAGAUAUGUAUUGAUCACUAUUUAGAUGUGGCCAGGAAUAUUCAUGGCCAGUUUGAGCUGGCUGAGUUUUAGUCAGAGCUAUUUUCAACCCGUGUAGUCAAACCGCUGGCUGAAAUACUUAUGUGUGAGGCUGUGGUUACAUAUACCGUUGAAACAAACACACAAAACAAAGCCAUUUAAAAUUAAAAUUAGUUGCGAUUGCUGGCCGGACUGAGUUGAGUUUCAGUCUGGGUCAAAGCGGGCUGGAAUUUUAGCAAAGGAUGAAACUUAAAAUAACCGUUGUCAACUGUCAAACCCUACAGUAGCUCAGGUUUCAUUUGGAUCUUCCGAUGUGAGAACGCGGUUUUUAAUCAAAGUGGGGAACAUGUUUAGGUCUAGGCUAUGUCAUGAAUACAUACCUCCUUGGCCUGUGCCAUGAAUACUUACUGUAAGUACUUGGCCUGGGAGCCUCGCUCUCAUGAAUCAAGACGGAAGACAAUAAUUCCUUCACCACUCAUGAGAAUGACACUCCAGGGUCAUGGAGUGAUUGAUGACGUAAAAAAUUGAAAGGGUGUAUUGAGAAAUGUUUUCAUGUACAGUUAUAUUAAUCUUCAUUGUAUUGCAGCCAAGCCCAAGCUACCAGACAAUUUCAAAGACACAACAUGGGGUAAACUAAGAGAAGCUGUUUGUGCUAUUCAAAAUAAAACCUCCAUCUCGUCAAGUCUGGAAGAUUUGUACAAGGCUGUUGAAAACAUGUGUUCACAUAAAAUGUCAUCAGUUCUCUACAAUGAAUUGAAGGGUGAAUGUGAGCAACACGUAAAAUCGAGAUUAUCACAGUUUACUGGAUAUCCUUUCAACAUAUUGUUUCUAAGAAUUUUUGAUGUGUUUCUUUAAUUAAUCAUUGAAGGUUUGCAUGGCGAUAAUAUAAUUUGUAGAUGGGGAAAAACUGAUGAAAAGCUUUGCAAUAAUAAAUUUACGUGGAGUUUCCACAAACCGAAACAUUAGGUAACAUGGUCAUGUCAAGUACCUCAUAUGUUACUCUCUAACACACUAAAAUCUAAUGCUUGUUAAGGUGACUUAACUCACAAUGGAGAGACCAUUGAAUAUCAGUUCUAAUCAAAACUGACAACGGAAUCUGUCACACAGCACCUAUAACUAUUAUAGAUGCGGGAUCCGCAAGUGCCUAUACAAGAUCACUGAUUAGUGACUUUGACACUAGCAACUUGUACUUGCUAACUUUCAUUAGUGACUUUGACUGUUAACACCAGCAACUUGUACUUGCUAAGUUUCAUUACUGGGCCCACCGUAUCUCUGGUAGCCGAAAUGGAAGAGCGUUCUGCUAGGAUUCUAUAGGUUACAGGUCGAAGUUUCAAGACCGUCGGUUUUACCCAUAGAUAUCUUAUAUACACUAGAUAGUGCAUCUAAUUAUUCUGCAAUUCAAAAAUUGAAGCCGUGAUUGCAGUCUCAGGUCGUUCCCAUGAGAUGAGAAGAUUCGUAUCUUUUCUAUUUCUUAAAAAGGGAACUUAAACAUUAAGUUAACCCUAUUCCAAAUACGUUUUUAAACUAUUCAAAUGAUGAAAGUUAUUGUUGUUUUUAAGCGUUUAUUAGCAAGUGGGAACGACCAACAUGGCCGCCAUCUAUUCAAAUGGGGGUAACCGCUGGAAUAUUCUUGGCUUCAAUUUUACUAAAAGAGAUGCGCUAUCUAGUGUAUAUAAGAUAUCUAUGGUUUUACCCUAAAUCAAAUCUUCAGGUGACUGAUGUUCCUUAUAAGUACAGCGACUGUACAUUUGCCAGAACAAGUAAACGAACGAGACUAAAAGAACGAGAAUGGUUUGUCUGAUUGGCCCAGGGUGCGACAAUUCAAGAUUGUUAGUCGUACCUGACUGGUACGCCAAUGAUUAUUGCCGUGUACUUGAACUGGUACAAGACUCAUCUACAUCUACAUAAUUUACUUGCAAAAUCCUUACGGACAUCCAGCAAAUUCCAGUUCAAAUUGAAAUAAAAUAAUAACAUAAUUUAGUAGUUAUAUGGUAGUCAUGAAAUAUGGUACUCAAGGUACACUUAGUCUUUAAAAUGAAGUACAUAAAAUACAGGUUUCUGAAAGGUAUUCUUUCUGUAACCUGAAACCACGAGUUAGAACAAGAAGGACGACAACUGCAUACACAAACACUAGAAUCAACUCAUUCCUUAGGCUUAGUCGCAUCAGUCCAAUUAUUUAUCAUGCCAAGACAUGUCAUGCAGACGUGCCCAAAUACAGGCUUAAUUACGGUUUGAAUUUAUUGGGUCAUAUGUUACGAGCAAAAUGCAAGUACGCAAAUAGCGAGAGUUCCGCCUACCUACGUGGCCGUGGCUGAAACGCGAAUUAUCGCAUCCUGUUAUUGCUAUGUACCUUUGGCGAUUAAAAUUGUCGGGUGCUAUCCGGGAAAGAAUAUAGACUAGAUAACAGAAUAUAGAUAAUUGGUUAAUUGAGACACAGUAUCAAUGUUUCUAAGUCGCCUUUAUGGCGUGGACUUUCUCUUUGACAAGUUAAGUCGUUUUGGAAUGAAGUACCCGUUGGUACAAAAGGUUUAGAAAAAAUAUGAACGAUCUAGAUUUAAAUACUGUAUCCGUUGGAAUACUGUAUUUAAUCAGCUUCAGUAUCUUCAGGCAAUUAUCUUGAUCAUGAUUUUCUUUAACGUAUUCAUACUGAAUCCCUGGAUAGCUACCUCUAUCUGACGAGACUAAAUCAUUGCUGGGAGGAUCAUUGUCAGCAAAUGGUAAGUAUUUAAUCUACAUCGAAGCAUGGUUAGUGGUAGCAUUGCGGCUGCGGCAUGAGGGAGGAUAAAAUGGAUAACUAAGGGUUCCUUGCACCUUAAUUUCCUAAUCUGCGUUGCUUAUCUAUGUAUACCUGCAUGUAUCAGCAGUUAAUUAAGUGGCUUCGGUUUGCUUGUUUACAUUGUUGGUGAUCAGUUGCAUUGGUAUACUUCUUGUCAAUUAUUGCCCCGGGGGGAGGGUUAGACUGUGUCUGCCCACCAUGGUUUUCUCUGGGUAUUCCAGUUUUCUCCAUGCAUAGGGAUGUUGACAGGGUGGGUUGGUAAAACUUCUACGGUGAUCAGACACGAGUCAUAAGGUACCCUUAGAAAGCUUAACCCCCCCCCCCCCAUCCAGCCUCACCACUACUAACUUACUAUUUGCCGAUAAGGGGAUAUUCUUUACAAACAUUUCAUCCACCACUUUCACGAUUAUUACCUUGUAAAUGGUCCGCUAACCAUAACUUAUUGAAAACGAAAACUCGAUAUGAUAUUGGAAAUGCAUUUCUCUUGUAGAUAAUGAUAAGGAGCAUAUUUCUGUACUUGGACCGCACUUACGUGUUGCAAAAUCCAUCUAUCAUAUCGAUAUGGUAAGUAAUACAUGCAGUAUUUCAAAUUCGAGGCAAAUUGUAGUGAAUUAAUAUUGAUCCAAGGGUGAAUGUAAGCCCAUCUGUUUGAAAAGGUGCAUAUUUUUUAGAAGGAUGCCUCCCUCAAUCACCGUAAAAUGUAGGUCCCACAAAUUCCAAUAAAUCAUGACAAUUCAACUGUAGGACUUCACCAAGUACCCAGUAUCGUCAUCGUGAGUAAACUGAAGCAGUAUGGUUGACUAUAUUUAUGGUCAUGAAGUAUUAAUGAUUUACAAUGUCUAUACCCCUGUAUACGUCAUAUGUGUGUCACCUAAUGCUUGACUUUUUAUAGAAUCGAACAGCGAAACGCAGGAUUUGAAUGAACGUAUUUUGUUUAGAUAUAUGCUAAAUACUAAUUCAUGCAUGUUUGCGUACUCGGUGCUUGUUUUUUAAUAUUUUUGGUAGUCCAAAUUAGUUUGGCGAAUGCGGAGAGGUACUGUAUUUGGUAUCUAAAGAAUGGUAAUUCUUUAGCUUUGAGAACUUCGAUUUCAGAACUUUAUGUGCUAUUUGUGAAUAUUAAUUAUCUUUAUGAGUAGCGUUGUGCAUGUUUUUAACUAUAUUAUAUAGUUUGGAUUGUGUUUCAAUUCGGUUAUUUAUCAACACGAGCUGCAAAUUCUUUCUUAAUUUCCUGUAUGGUACUCUUCGCGCGGCUGGCAGGGUCCUCAGUAACGCGUGUGAUUUUCCCGCGUGUAAUUUUAUAAACGUAUAUGUAAGCAAUGUGCAUGAAAAAACAUAUUUUUUAUUUCUUUUCAGGGACUUGGGACUUCAACUUUUUCGCAUUCAUAUUGUUGACAAUAGUAUUGUGGAGGAAAGAACAAUCGAAGGAUUGUUAUCCUUGAUAGAAAAAGAAAGGUACACUUGGUUUGUCAUAUACUGUAAUACAUUGAAGAUAAUUUAGGGUUGCUUUUUACUGAAAUAUCCAACCCAACCCAAACCAUGUACUUGUACUUGUUCCAUACUUGGGGAAGUAGUACAUAGGGACGGGGCCGCCGAGGGGGGGGGGGGCAGGGGGCAUACAGUAUUUCCCGGGCCUCCAGCGCAACAAUAUACUGUUCAGACUUAAAAUUGCUUAACCGAGAAUAUAAAUCCUAGCUGGUUCAGCGCUGGAUACAAUGCAAUAAUGCUUAAUCUAUUUUAGUAUAAUUACAUAGGUGAUUAUUCAAAAUUCUCCGCGCUGAUUGGCUGCUGUUGAGGUGAUUAUUACGCGAUAAUCACCUAAGCGAUUCUCAAAAUGGCGGCCGAAGCCGUUUUGUCAAUUAAAUGACGAAGAAAUGUGUAUUUUUAAAUUUUUUUCUAAAUAAUCACCUAUGAAAUUAUACUAAAACAAUUAUUCACCUCAGGCUCGGUGAUUAUCGUGAAUAAAAACUUCGACUUCGUCUCGGUUUUUAUUCACCGAUAAUCACCUCGCCUUCGGCGAAUAAUUGUUAAGUAAAGCACCACUUCUGACGUCAUAGGAGCCCCUGGGAAAGUUUUGCCUCAGGCCCCGUGCAACAUCUUGGCGGCGCUUAUGGGGGAGGGGCACUUCAUCAGGUUGGGUCGCAUGCAAUUAGAUUUUGUCGUCCAGUUUGUUACUUCGCCUACGUAGUACUGUACGUAGCCGAAGUAUAGGUUUCCCCCCGUUUUUUUUUUUUUUUUUUUUGUAUUGUUUUUUUCGUCUAGAAAUUGACUUUAUUCCCAGCGUGUUCUGCGUCACUGUAUCUGUACAUGAAUGAAAACGAAUGUAAUUAUUGCGGUGAUGGCGACUCUAUGUCUGCCCACGCACCAUUUUACGACAAUCUGCCGGACAAAACCGAAGAUUAGGCCCCAUAUGUUUAAUGUUAUGACUCAGAUUUUAAUAUAACGAUUAUUUUCAGUAUAGAGCGAUUAUUUAUUGACGAUUCUUUAUUUAGAAAUGGUGAAGCUGUGGACAGAACAUUACUGAAAAGUUUGUUGCGUAUGUUGGCAGAUUUGCAGGUAUGCAUCUCGUAUUCACUGCAAAAAACGCCCAGCCUGCAACAAUGUUGUUGAAAAAACAGGCCUGGACAAUAUUUUGCUGCCCAUAUUGUUCCUGGUUGUUAACUAUAUUGUCCAGCAUUGUUCAGUCUUACAUAUGUGCGGACGGCGUUAAAAGUAAGCAAUAUGCGCACAAUUAAAGAGUUAAACUUGGCAAUUGUUACUAGUAUCCAUUUGGAUGAUAUUAGUAUUAACCUCUGUUAUAGAUGUAUGAUACUUCAUUUGAAAAGAAAUUUAUCAAAGCAACGGAAAUUAUUUACGCUGCUGAGGGAGAUAGACUUAUGCAGGAGACUGAUGUAAGUUGAAUGAAAAGUACACUAGAACUGAAAUUCCGUGUAUUGUUGUUGCUAAGAAAACAAUAAGAUGUCCCUCAAAUUUGCCUCGACAAAAAUAGGAUUAUGCAGGCGCUUGCGGGUUGGAACAAUAGGACGUUAUAUUGGAAUGGCAGGAAUGCUCUAACUAAAAUUUUGAGAGACUGUGAAAUCGUAUGUUGAAAAGUUGGCAAAAUAGUGUUACUGUUAAUAUCGCAACCGAUGUAAAGCCGAGGGAAACAUUGGCAGUCCAGGUCCACAAAACAUACUGUUUCCCGAAAGUCCCAGUCAAUAAGUAUUUUAUUACAUACCAUGUAAUAUUGUACCAAGAGCUACACACGUAAAAACGCACAAGUUGUAACAAACUUGCAGCAGACUUGUAGCAAUGCUGUUCCAACAACUUGUCAACAGGAUGUGUUCGCACUGCUUGUUCCCGGCUUGUUGGCAAGUUGUCAACGGCUUGUUAACAACUUGCUACAAGGUUGUUGAGCUCAACAGACUUGUUACAAGUUGUUCCAACAACUUGUUAUCGUCCUGCAAUUCAACAAUUUGUCAACAAGUUGUGAGUGACAACCUUGUGGCAACUUGAUAAUUUAACAGCAUUGUUACAACUUGUUGACGAGCUUGCUACAAGCCUGUUGCGAACACAUCUUGUUGACAAGUUGUGAGAUUUUUACGUGUGUACGAGAUUGUAUACCAAGUGUCAAAGCUUUUGCCAGGAGAAUUUCGUGACUUUCACGUGAUACGCUCUCGUCCAAUGAGAUUUACGAAAACAUGAACUUUCACACUUGGUAUAUAAUAAUUGUUAUUAUUCCACAUACUGUACCAAGGGUUAUAAAAUUGAACAUUACCAACUAUAAUAUUGCCUAUAUUGAUUUGGAACCCUUGUAUCGAAUUAUUUCAGCCCUUUGCUUCUAGAGAACCAUGCCUAUAUUCUAUAAUUGUACAGUUACUUAUAUUUUCGCGCAGGUGCCAGAAUAUCUUGAGCAUGUACAAAGAAGACUUCAGGAAGAAAAUGAUCGCUUGCUUCAUUAUCUAGAUCACUCAACAAGGUGAGUCAGUAUUAUUUUCCUAGUUAUGAUUAAAAUUUUAAUUGAGUGUUCAACACUCGUACUUUUUGUAUAAUGCACAAAAUCCUUUUCUAACAAGUUUGUUUCACGUAAAGGAUGCGUCAUUUGUCGCCACUUUUCGACAAAUAUAAAUGUAUAAUUAUAAUUGGACAAACAUAAAUGUAUAAUAACAGUUUUUAUUCAUCGCAUAUGACUUUCAUUUCACAUUAAUGAAUUUUGUAAUGACACAUACUAUAUUAGUAGAGCCUUCUUGGACACCAGUCUUUGUGGUUUAUCCCACUAAAAUUAUGCUAGUAUGCAGGAGUGUAUAAAGUUGCCAUUGGAGUUACUUUUUCCCCACCCCCAAAGUUGAAAAGAUCACUUGCUUCCCUCUGCAGGAAAAAAGGGAUACCUGAAGACUGAUACCCUUUGACCAAUGGCAAAGCUGAGGCCAACUGUUUAGUUAAUUGUCGGUUCUGUACAGCUAUGAGUUGUAGAAGGGGGGGGGGGUAUAAUUUUGUACAGUGAGUCCCCGGCCAUUUCCUGCAUUUUUAUGGUGAAAAUUUUGCAAACAGGGGAACAAAUUCUUUGUUUGGAAGGAAAAUAAACCAGAAAAUUUCAACCUUUUGAAAGUCCUAUUACCAUUAAUUUUGAGCUUAUUUUCCUUUCUUUUUCUCCCUUUUUCGUCUUUCCUCAUUUCCCUUCUUCACCUCUUCCUCCCAACCCUGACUUUAUUCCACCUCCAGUGGGGGGAGCAUAACGGUAACUAUAUAUACCCUUGUUAGCCUGUUAAAAAGUCACUUUGUAUUUUUCAAAAUAAUGUGCUUGAAAUGUUGUCAACUGUACUGAAAUUGGUCAGAAAUAUUGACGAUAUGACGAAAUAAGACGUCAAUGCCGGUAUAUAAACUUGUUGGGAUUCAUCAUCCCCCCCAUUUGGUUUCUCUAUAACGUUGCAUGAAGAAGAAUUAAAAUGUUCUGAUAUAAUAUACUCAUCGCCCACUUGAAUAUAGUCAAUCAAGCUAAUUUUGGGUGGAUAAUAAUACAAAAAAAAUUGUGUUGAUAUUUUUUGCAGGAAACAGCUAAUUACUUGUGUAGAAAAACAGUUGCUUGGGAAACAUUCGCAAAGCAUAUUACAAAAAGGUACUUCGGUGUACACGUAUACUAAUUUCUUUAUGGAAAGUGCUAAAGUAUGCUACACAACUCGAAUAAUCUGUGCCAGCGCAGGUAGUAACAAAAACACCAGAGAAAUGCAGAUGGAUUCAACUACCUGAAAAAUACAAGUGAAGGCACAUGCAUGUGUGCGUUAGUUUGUUCUUUGUAGUUUUCUAUGGCGACAGUAUGAUAUAAGUUUUGUUUGUGGAAAACAACACGUAUAUAUAUAUAUUGAUUAGAUUCACCGAAUGAAAUUCGCGAUGUUAAAAAUCCUGCUGCUAUAGCAGGCUAAUUUAAACCUGGGUGAUCUCACCUAUAUGUGUACGCUACCCGUGCUAUGUACAGUGUGGUAUCGUGAACCAUAAAGUGUAGUGCUUCGAGAGACGCAGCUCUAUUGUUAAUUCGUGUUUGCGUUUUUCUUUAACUUCAGGCUUCGAAAAGUUAAUGGACGCGAACAGGAUUGAAUAUUUAACUUUAACAUACCAACUUUUUAUGCGGAUACGUAAAGGCCUCGACGACCUGUGUGUUGCAUUUAGUAACUACAUAAAGGUAAGGCAGAAGAAAUUGUCAUGUUGCAAAACACGUCCCGCAGAUCGAUUUCUCCCAAAGCUCUCUUCGCUUCUUAACAUUUUCGCAUAAUGGUUACUUUUAGCCAGGAUGACGAAAUUUACUGUAUAAUUUCCCGUACCUUUCAUGCAUGGACGUGAGCGAACAACUGCAGUUUCAAAUUUCUUGAUACUUUAUAUGUUGAAUUCAACUAAGAACAAAAAGUACUCGCGUUUCAAUGUGAUUUCGACAAGAAAAGUAUCAAGACGUAUACAACGGCGAAAGUACAGAAAAUAUUUGCUUAGGUCAUCUAUAUACAGAAGCCGUCUAUUAAGAAGUGGCUGUUAAAAGUUUAAUAGGAUUGUUGGACGGCUUCCUGGCUAAAUGCCUGAUGGUUAUACGCAAGGCACCCCCACCAUAUAAAUCCUCUCGUAAGCCCCCUCUUAAGCCAUCUCUCUAAUGAGCCUCCCCCCUCCCCCCUUGAAAGAAAUGUGUUACCCCCCAUCUCAAUGCAAAGCAACACACGUGUAGUGAUUGCUGCAUGGUUGAUUCCAGUUCCAUUUAUUAUAAAGUACCUGAUAGUGGAGAGUCAUAAGUCCCCCUCUCCAAUAAGCCACUCUUUCAAACGUGAAAGUGCUGGAAAAUGUCCGGCAGGAAAUUUUUAACAAAAUAUCUGUGCAUGAAAUUCUCUUGUAUAUUAGACUGCCAUAUAAUUGCUUGUUAAAAAUGUUAAAUCCAUUUUGCAAAUCGACAUUGUCAUGUUUUGAAAUCAUAAUUUACCAUCAUGAGUGGCAUCGCACGUUCUCUGAAACCUACAAAUGCAGGACGUUUUACAUUUACAGUAGUAUACACAGGGAAUUUUCUUCGGAGGGUUCUAUCGCCAGGAAGAGGAAUACUGUAUUUCUUGGCCUCCAGGGGGUGUUGGGGGGAAGAACAGGCAUCAGGAGUUUGCAGUAUUAUGCUUUGCUCAAUAUGUAGUUAAAUAUGAUGUAAUUUUUCAUUUAGAGAUGCGGUUUGGAAAUUGUUGUGACAGUGGAUCCUGAAAAAGACAGGACAAUGGUUCAGGAAUUACUCGACUUUAAAGAAAAAUUGGAUAACAUUAUAACACAGGCCUUUGUGAAACACGAGAAAUUUGUGAAUUCAAUGAAAGUAAGGUUUUUAAUUUCAUUUGACCACACAGUAGUCUUUUUAAAAAAUAUCUUUAUUCCUUCUGGAGUGUUUAAUCUUGUUCAAAUUGAGUUGAAUUUCGAGACAUUUUUUAACCCUAAUCCCAGUGGCGGACACUUUUUCAACAUGUAUGUCAAAGGGGUUUCGGUUGCCAUUUAAGGCUCUAAGUUAUGCGAAUCUUUCAGAACUUGGGUCACUUGAUGAAAUGAGAUGAGAAUCGUAACCCUAACCUAGUAACCCUAACAAUUUCCGCAGUCAUUCCAUACCUGGGGCUUCACGGUUGCCUGCGCUGCCGUGAAGCCCUGGGAACGAGGAUGCAGUUAUUUCGCAUGCUAUUCUGCGUGCCAUUCCACACGGUAUUCAUUCACCUCCUUGUCUAUAUAGACUCAUUUGUUUACAACAUUAAUUUAUUACAUUAUUUAUUUAAAUAUUCUUUAUUGUGCUGGGUAUUUGAUUUAAUGCAAUUGUUUGCAGGAUAGUUUUGAAAACUUUAUAAACAAGAGGCCGAAUAAGCCAGCGGAAUUAAUAG